GCUCACCUCACUUCAUCAGAAGAAACCAACAAUGGCCAUCACCAGGAUCCAGCCGCUCUCCGCCCACCUCCACCCGCGCGCCGUGGCCGCUACUCCGGCGGCCGGGAAGCAGCAGCAGCAGGCGGUCUACACGGUGUGGAUGAAGUCGCUGGUGCUGGGCGGCCACGGGUGCACCGUCUACGGCGACGACGGCCGCGUCGCCUACCGCGUCGACAACUACGCCUGCAGCCGCAGCCGCGAGGCGUACGUCAUGGACGGCGACGGCAGGACGCUGCUCAAGCUGCUCAAGAAGCACUUCGCGGCGUUCGCGACAUGGAAGGGCUACUCCUACCGCACCGCCGACUCCGACCCUGCAGGCGCAGCAGCUGGCGUGGAGCAGGAGGAGAGCCCCAGGCCGUGGUUCAGUGUCCGGAAGGCCCGUCGGGUCCUGAAGCAGAAGGGAAGGCAGCGCGGCGGCGGAGCCGUGGCGACGGUCUGCGUCGGCGGGGAGGUCUACAGGAUCGACGGCGUGCCGCGCAAGUCGGAGUACAGGAUCCGCGGCCCCGGCGGCGAGGUCGUGGCGGAGACGAGGAGGAAGCAGACGGGGUCCGGCGUGGCGCUGGGCGAAGACGUCCUGAGCCUGACGGUGGGCCCUGCGGCACACGCGGAGCGCCUGCUUCUCGUCGGGCUCGUGGUCGUCUGCGGCCUCAUCGGCCACUCCAUCUGACGGGUGUCUGGACGUUUUUUUACACUGCUUGCAGGCUCGCAUCUGCUGAUCUGCAGUGUUUACUCACCGAUGAACAGGACCAGAUCUUACAUUCUACUUUAUGAUACUACCAGAAGAUUUAGAAACGGUUUCUUUUUCAGCAGCAGCAGGGGAAGGCUAAAGUUUUUUUUAGGUUUAGUUUGAUAACUUCAUAUUUUAAGGGGUUUUAAUUUAUAAGAAAAAAUAGUUUAUUUUCCCCUUAAAAAAUAGAGUUGUCAAACUAAUCCUGAGUUCACUUUCUUUGUUUUAGUUUUACUUUAUCCUUCCGCUGUGGUCGUUGAUUGACUGCUUAUGUAAGUCAUGUGAGAGUGAUGCUACUUCAAUUUU